AUGGUCAAGCUCGAGGAAGUCAUGGACGAGGAGUUCGUCCGCGAGCAGGACGGCCCCCAUGACGAGGAUGAAUGGGACACAGACUCUGAGUCGGACCUGGAAUCCGAAUCCUCGUUCGUGGCGCCCGACGAGACGCUAUACGAGCGCAUCACCGCGCUGAAAGACAUCAUCCCGGCCUCGACGCGCCGCUCGAUCACCUCAAAGUACGAGACGGUCAGCUCGUGGACAAAGAGCGGGCUGCUGUUUGGCGGCAAGACGCUGUGGGUCGUCAGCACGAGCGCGCUGCUGUUGGGCGUCCCCUGGGCGCUGGCCUACAGCGAGGAGCAGAUGAUUGUCGAGCAGGAGCGCGCCGAGCUGAUGAACCAGAGGGCGCAGAACGAGUUCAUGGCCCCUGGUGCCCAGGACGCGAAGCCUGCGUUGUAA